AUGGUUUCUGCUUCCUCAAGCUCUGGCUCUAGGCUGAAUGCUCCAAGAAAGUAUGAUGUGUUUGUAAGUUUUAGAGGCGAAACCCGCAACAACUUCACCAGCCAUCUUCAUGCUGCCCUCAACCGAGACUUUGUUUUGUCCUUUCGUGACGAUAAGCAGAUAGAGAAAGGUGAUGAAAUCACGCCAUCACUCAUCCACACAAUCAAGGAUUCCAGUGUAUCUAUCAUAGUCUUCUCAAAAGACUACGCUUCCUCAAGAUGGUGCCUGGAUGAACUCGCCCAAAUCAUGCGGUGCAGAAAGGAUGAGGGCCAGUUUGUUUUACCCAUCUUCUACAAAGUUGACCCCUCACAUAUUCGAAAUCAGACUGGAGCUCAUGAGAAGGCAUUUGAACAACAUGAGAAAGAUUUCAUGCAUGAUCCAGAAAGAGUGAACAGGUGGAAAGCAGCUCUUUCUAAAGCUGGCUCUUUAAGCGGCAGGCACUGCCAAGACUUCACGGAUGAAUCCAAUUUAAUUCAAGAAAUUGUCACUGAUGUCAACACAAAACUGGAACAAAUACAUAAUUGUCGACAAACAUUAAAAGAUGUGAUUGGAAUGGAUGAAAUGAUCAAACCCAUUGAAGAGUUACUGGGAAAAUCUCACAGAGUUGGAAUUUGGGGGAUGGGCGGUGUGGGUAAGACCACAAUGGCAAAUGCUAUAUUUGCCAAAUUAUCUUCUCAGUAUGACUCUUGCUGCUUCUUGGAAAACAUUAGGGAAAAAACAGAAAAAAAUGGAUUGGAAAGUGUUUGUAGCUAUCUUGUCUCGGAGCUGCUAGGGCAAGAUAUGUCACGUAACCCAUCAAAUGGUUUAAGAAAUGCCUUUGUUGCCAGAAGGCUUGGUAAGAAAAUAGCUUUAGUUGUGCUUGAUGAUGUUGAUCGUUCUGACCAAUUAGAGGGUUUGCAGGAUAACAUAUGCAAUUUCUUAGGAGAAGGUAGUAAAGUUAUUACAACAACAAGAAAUAGGAAAUUGCUUCGAGGAGAAGGUUAUGAAAUACAUGAGGCCAAGGGACUGAGUUAUCAAAAUUCGCGUCAACUUUUCAUCCGCAAGGCCUUUGGAUCAGACCAUCCAAGACACGAAUAUGAACAGCUCAUAGAAGGAUUUAUACGUUAUACCCGACACAAUCCCUUGGCUUUAAAAGUUUUGGGUUCAUAUGUUCACUGUGAAAAUAAAAGUUUAUGGGAUGGUUUGUUGAGAAAACUACAAGGAGGGUCUCCAAAUGACAAAAUUCAAGAGGUGUUAAGAUUGAGUUAUGAUAAGUUAGCUGAUGAAGAGAAGAAAAUUUUUCUAGACAUUGCAUGUUUUUUAAAAGGUGAAAGUGAAGGAUUUGUAGAAGAGCUAUUAGAGAGCUAUGGAUUCCAUCCAACUGUUGGCAUACCAAUCCUUAUGGAUAAGGCUUUAAUAGUCAAGAACAAUGGGAAGGUUGAGAUGCAUGACUUAAUACAGGAAAUGGGUCUGCAAAUUGUUCGUGAAGAGAAUGUCAAUGAACCUGGAAAGAGGAGUAGAUUAUGGGAUCCCCAUGAAAUAUAUGAUGUAUUGAAAAACUGUGAGGGAGAAAAAGAGGUUGAAGGUAUAAUGUUCAAUAUGAAUGAGAUCAAUAGAACUUUGGAUUUGACUGCGAAGACCUUUAAUAAAAUGUCGAGAAUAAAAUUUCUCAAAUUUAAUCAUCUUGAUCAGUUUGAGCCCUUUUCCUGGUCUAGCCCAGCAGGUCUUGAGUCAAUUUCUGCCAAAAUAAGGUACUUCCACUGGGUUGGAUACCCGUGGUCGUCCUUGCCAAAAAAAUUUUGUGCCGAGCUCCUUCUUGAACUUAACUUGGAAGACAGCUGCGUUGCAACACUUUGGGACGGAGUACAGGAUUUAGCGAAUUUAAGAAGAGUAAAACUUCGUGGUUGUUUUAUGCUGAUGAAGUUACCCGAUUUUUCCAAGGCUCAUCGUCUUGAAAGCGUAGAUCUAAGAUCUUGUUGGUGUUUGCCUCAAGUGCAUCCAUCUCUCCUAUCCCUGCACAGUCUCAUUUAUUUGGAUGUAAGCGACUGCCAUAGACUUGAGAGUCUCCAAAGUACGGUUCAUCUAAAAUCUCUCAAAGAAGUCAAUAUAAGUAGCUGCCUCUGUCUUAAGGAGUUUUCAAUGUCAUCAUCAGAGCUAACAUCCUUAGAUUUAAGUGGAACUGGGAUAGAAGAAUUGAGCCCAUCAAUUGGGCGUUGUUCAAAGCUCAGAAGACUCAAUCUCGGUCAUACAAAAUUGAAGAAUAUAGAGUUAAGUUGCCUUACAUCUCUGGAGGUACUCCGUGUUUCCGGGCAGAUGAUUGGCAAUGUCGACCUACGUGUGCUAUUUGAUGGCUUACGCAGUCUCCAAUCACUAACUCUCAAGGAGUGCCACAAAUUAACUGAACUCCCAGAUAACAUCAGACACCUCUUGAGUCUGCAAGAGCUUCAUUUAACUGGUUGUUGGAAUCUUCAAUAUUUGCCAGAGCUUCCCCGCUCCCUUAAAUUAAUAGAUGCCACUGAUUGCACAGCACUCUCGUUCGACCUUUCCUUUGUUCAUCACCUUAGCAAUCUCAAUUGUCUCCGGCUCAAUGCUUCAAGUCUUUGGCAUCUUCCACGGACCCUGCUUUGUUAUUUUAAACUCGUGGAGCUUCGUAUUCAAAAUUUCAGGCAGAGAGAGGGAGACGCGGAGCUGGCAGUUCUAUUUUAUGCAUUGCCAUCUUUAGAAGUGCUGUCUUUGCAGAAGUGGCCCCACCUAAUUGAACUCCCCGACAAUAUUCGGCAUCUUUCUGAGCUACAAUACCUCUCUAUAGAAGGCUGCAGCAGGCUGCGGGGUUUACCGAAACUUCCUGCAUCCCUUAGGAAGUUGAUUGCCACGGACUGCAAAUCGCCGGAGACGGUGUCUGCUUCAACGAUUUCAAGCACAUCUGAGAAUUAUGGUGAAAAGUUAUUUUCAUUCAUCAACUGUGUGAACUUAGAUCUGGGCGCCAUUGAAGAACAGGCCAUGUUGUUGUUAGAGAAAGCAGUUCACGAGAAGAAUGUUGUUACAGUUUGUUACCCGGGGAGGAAGGUUCCGAAGUGGUUUGGGAAUAAUAGGACCCAAAAUGAUUCGCGCAUCGUCGAACUACCUCCAGCUUCUCAUAAUUUAGCGGGUUUUGUUUUUUGCGUCGUCGUUCCUGAUGUCUCCCUACCGGACGUUGAACUUUUCUUCGGCUUUAAAUUGGAUGAAAUGACGAAAAUGACUGAAUUUCAACUACUUCCACCGGGCAAGUAUUUCAGUCCUGGAAAUGUUUCGCUGGUUUCCAAUCCAGAGCUAUCAGAAUUGAUACUCGAGAAAAUUGAAGGGAACAAAAGAAAUCAUGAAACCACCACUUAUGACCAAAAUCUUUUGUUCCAAUUCCGUCUUGCAUGUGUUGGUAAUUUAAUUCCCAUGGAAGAGUGUGGAGUCUACCCCAUAUAUGCCUCAGAAUAUUACAAUGUUGAUCAACAAGGGAAAUCGGCGGAGUUCAACUUGAAUUCCCGAAAACUCAAGGCCAUAAUGAUUGAAUAG